AUGCGGUGCUUUCUAGGUUAUGCGAAGCGCAACUCAAACUUGUUAAUACCCAGUACAAAAUCCUUUUCGCAAGUUCCAAAACGCUCCUUCGCAAUGGCUUCUCCCUCGGACCGUCGACCCCUCGUCAUCUCUGGACCUAGCGGUGUCGGAAAGGGCACGCUGAUCAAGAUGCUCUUCAGCCGUCACCCCGAUACCUUUACUCUUUCUGUGUCGCAUACCACUCGUAACCCUCGUGAGGGUGAGUCCGACGGCGUUGAGUACCACUUUGUCACCAAGGAUGCGUUUCGGGACUUGAUCGCCAAGGACGGCUUCGUCGAGCAUGCUCAAUUCGGAAGCAAUCUCUACGGAACGAGCAAGGCGACCAUCGAGGAGCAGACAGCCAAGGGCAAGGUUGUUGUUCUGGACAUCGAGAUGGAGGGCGUCAAGCAAGUCAAGGCCUCUUCCAUCGACGCACGCUACGUAUUCGUCUCGCCUCCUGAUACCGAAGAGCUCGAGAAGCGACUGCGCGGCCGCGGCACCGAGACCGAGGAGAGCAUCCAGCAGCGCUUGACACGUGCGCAGGAUGAGCUUGCGUGGGCCAAGAAUGCCGAGUUCGACAAGAUUCUCGUCAACGAUGAUUUGGAGAAGACGUACCAGGAGCUUGAUGCUUUUGUCUACACUGAGAAGACCAACUAG